CCACUUAGUCACUUCCUCCCCGGCUCCCCCGCAGCUCUGCCCGGGCCCUCGCUGUCAGCCACCUUGCUCCUCCCGGCCUCCUCACCGCCCCUUCCCUUCCUCUGAGCCCACCCGACAAUUCCAAGCCUCGGCUCCCGGCAGGGCGCCCCCUCUCUGCGUGGGAAACGCGGGCCCGGGCGGCCAGGGCCCUGGGAGCGGGAGCCCAGCAUCGACCUGCUAGAGGCCUUCGUGGAGCACUGGAAGGGCAUCACACACUACUACCUCGAGAGCACAGAUGAAAACACCCCUGCCAAGAAGACGGAUAUUCCCUGGCGGCUGAAGCAGAUGCUGGACAUCCUGGUGUAUGAGGAGCGGCAGCAGGCGACUGCAGGCGAGGCUGGGCCCUGUCUGGAGUACCUGCUGCAGCACAAGAUCCUGGAGACCCUGUGCACGCUGGGCAAGGCUGAGUACCCCCCAGGUAUGCGGCAGCAGGUGUUCCAGUUCUUCAGCAAAGUCCUGGCUGAGGUGCAGCACCCGCUGCUGCACUACUUCAGCGUCCACAGGCCCGUGCAGAAACUUCUCCAGCUUGGAGGGGCAGUCCCUGGGUCCCUCACAGAAAAGGAGGAGGUGCAGUUCACCAGUGUCCUCUGCUCCAAGAUCCAGCAGGACCCGGAGCUGCUCACCUACAUCCUGGAAGGUAAAAAGAUUAUAGGGAAGAAGAAGUCAUCCAGAGAGUCUCUGGCUCUGUCUAAAGACACAGCCAGCCACAGGGACAAGGACUGUUGUCAGAACUGUGCUCCUGACAGGGGCCCCCAGUUGGAUGGGGAGCACUGUGGGGCCCAGGCCUUGAACAGCCACCUGCCUGCUGAGACUGAGGGGACAGAUGGACCUGGGGAGAGCAACCUGAUCACCUCCCUGCUGGGGCUGUGCCAGAGCAAGAAGGGUCGGGUGGUCCUGAAGGCCCAGGAGAAUCUGCUACUCCUGGUAAGCGUGGCCUCCCCAGCAGCUGCUACCUACCUGGCGCAGAGCACCCCGUGUUGUGUUGCAAUUGCAGAACAUCUAUGCCAACUGUACCGGUCCUUGCCUGCCUUCCUCCACCCCGCAGACAUCGCCACCUUAGAGGGCAUCAGCUGGAGGUUGCCCAGUGCCCCGUCCGAUGAGGUGUCCUUCCCUGGCAAGGAGGCCCUGGCUGCCUUCCUGGGCUGGUUUGAUUACUGUGACCACCUUAUUACCGAGGCACACACGGUGGUUGCUGAUGUCUUGGCAAAGGUCGUGGCCGAGAGGCUGUUUGUGAACACUCUGCAGCCCCAACUCCUACACGUGUCGGAGCAGAGCAUCCUGACCUCCACUGCCCUGCUGACGGCCAUGCUGCACCAACUCCGCUCCCCCACGCUGCUGCAGGAAGCUGUGGCCUUCCUGCUGGGCUCCCGCCGACAGCCUACAGGUGCCGAGGACAGUCCCCACACCCUGUGCGACCACCUCAUCGGACACUGUGACCACCUCUCGGACGAGAUCAGCAUCGCCACACUGCGGCUUUUCGAGGAGCUGCUGCAGAAGCCCCACGAGGGGCUCAUCCACAGCAUGGUUUUGUGCAACCUGGAGGGCCGCCUGUACGUGGCCCGGUGUUCACCAGAGCCCGAGAGCUACGAGGACGCCGUAGAUCUGGAGGAAGACCCCUACUUCACAGAUGGCUUCCUCGCUCCUGGUCUCCAGCCCUCUGCAAAGCCUCGCCCGGCUCCGGCCGCUUCAGAUGGCAAAACAGCAGUGACAGAGAUCGUCAACAGCUUCCUCUGCCUGGUCCCUGAGGAAGCCAAGACCUCAGCCUUCCUGGAGGAGACCGGGUAUGACACAUACGUCCACGAUGCCUACGGACUGUUCCAGGAGUGCAGCUCUCGUGUUGCCCCUUGGGGCUGGCCCCAGACUCCCACACCCUUGGAUCCCCAUGAGCCAGAACGGCCUUUCUUUGAGGGUCACUUCCUCCGAGUGCUAUUCAGUCGCAUUGCCCGGAUUUUGGAUCAGCCCUACAGCCUGAACCUGCAGGUGACCUCAGUCUUGUCCCGGCUUGCCCUUUUCCCCCACCCCCACAUCCACGAGUACCUCUUGGAUCCCUACAUCAACCUGGCCCCUGGCUGCAGGAGCCUGUUCUCUGUGCUGGUCAGGGCCUCCCUGGCUCCCGGCCUAGGUGAUCGGGGACUUGAUGCAGCGCAUUCAGAGGAUACCCCAGUUCUCGGGCAAACUGCUCCUGGUACGCAAGCAGCUGAUGGGACAGGUCCCUGGGGAGCAGCUGGACCACCAGACCCUCCUGCAGGGUGUAGUAGUACUGGAGGAAUUCUGCAAGGAGCUGGCAGCCAUCGCCUUCGUCAAGUUCCCCCCCGAUCAUGGUCCUCAGCUGAACUUCUCCUCGCCCCUGGAAGGGCAUGUCUGAGCUGGGAGCAUGUCGGGCGGGAGACUCCUGUCCUUGCCGCUGCCCAGGAGCCGCCUCCUGCUGGGCCCUGUUGCUGCAGCUCCUCUCCGGCCUGGGGGGCUUCAGCUCCCGGGCUGACUCAGGACCUCAGCCUGUUGACCACACAGGCUUGGGUUCCAGGGAGUGGACCUCAGAGGUGCCAGGAGCAAAAGAGGCAGCCUCCGGGGCAGCGUGUUCUCCUCGGGGCCUUCUUGGAGGAGCUGGGUGACAGCUGGCUUGCACCUGGACCCUGAGUCUUGCGUGUUGUCUUGACUGUUCACUCUGUACUGGCCAUGUGUGGUCAGAGUCACGACCGGUGACAGUUCCAUGGGUGAUGCUGGCUCCAAGGCCAGCUGGGAAUCCAGGCCAGAGAGCCUGGGGUCAGGCGGAGCCCUGACUGUCACAUUUGGUACCAUGGAAGCUGCUGCAAUUUGACAGGCUUUCCCUGCCUUCUUGGUUCGAGUUCUGGAGAGCAGACUGUGAAAGAGACUGCAGGGAAAGCCCCUUCUUCCUGCCCUGCCCUCCCGGAGGCCGUUGCAAAAUUCCCAACCGCCUCAUGGCAAAUGCCCAAAGCAUGUUCCUCGCCCAGGCGGGGGCAGCUGCUAAUGAGAACCUUGGUGCAGCAGCGGCCAGGGCGGGCAAGGGCCUUGGAGCUUCGGAGUUGGGUGCCUGCCUACUUCCCCGGCUGGUUCCUCUCUGGCGCCUUCUGAACCCGUCUCAGCAGGUCCGCAACACCUGGGUAGAGGUCAGUGACCAGGGGAGGCCGGGCUUCAUCCUCCAGAUCCCGCUCUGCCCAGUGUUCCUGAUGGAUGGCCCUCGUGGGGGCCACUGGAGCUUGGGGUCCAGAUGAGACAGAAUCCCUGACUCUAGCCCCCCGAGGCCCACCAGGAAGGGCCCAGGCCCAGGCAGCCAGUUCUUGCAUGCUCUCUGCGGCUGGGGCUGCCUCCCCACCUGGGCUGAAUCUGUCUCGACCUGCAGGAACACUCCGGAGGUGCCAGGCAUUACCUCACAGUGGGACUGCAGUUGCUGGCCCGGCUCCUGGGCGAGGAGGAGCAGGCCAGAGCCCCUUUUGCUUCCCUUUCCUGCCCAUGACUCUUCUAGAAGCUGGGCGCAGGUUGCCAAAAGGUGACAUGAAAGGAGGAGAAACUCAGUGACCUCUACCUCUCCCGCAUUCCUCCCAGCGGGGGAGGACUUAGCUGCUGCCCCAAAGAACACUGCACGCCUUCAAGUGCCUAUGUGCACACGGGUGCCGGUGUUGGGCAAGGGGCAGAUCUCAGCGGGUGAACUGGGUCUGGACUUUGGGAUUCUUCAAAUGUUGGAGGGCCUGGGAGGCAUGGAUUCUCACCUCUAAUCAAUGCACUUUGGCAUUUGCACGGUGUCUUCCCCAGACAGCACAGCAAUAAACAGUGUGAUUGUGUGGA